AGAGAAAAGGAAAGAAAGAGAGAAGAAGAAGCUCUCAUCACUCAUCUGUUAUCUUCCUCCUCUUCUUCUUCUUCCUCUUCUUUUUUUUUUUUCUUUCUUUCUUACAUUUAUCUUUAUUUAUUUUAUUUUUUAGUGUGCAUUUAUCUUAUUUUCCACACACGCCUCUCAUUUUUUUUCAUUUCAAUGGCGAUGAAAUCUCUUUCCCCUAUUCCUAAGCUUCUCUCCACAACACCAAGCUCUGUUCUUUCUUCUGACAAGAACUUCUUCUUCGUCGAUUUCGUUGGAUUAUACUGUAAGUCCAAGAGAACCAGACGCAGACUUCGUGGCGAUUCCUCCUCAGGCUCUUCUUCUUCUUCUCUCUCUCGUCUUUCCUCUGUUCGUGCUGUUAUCGACCUUGAACGUCUUAAUGGCGUCUCUCACAAAGAUCUCUCUUCUACUUCACUCUUAAAACCUCAGGUUGCUAAUUUGGAGGACAUAUUGUCUGAAAGAGGAGCUUGUGGAGUUGGGUUUAUAGCAAACUUAGAUAACAUACCUUCACAUGGAGUUGUCAAAGAUGCUCUUAUUGCUCUUGGUUGUAUGGAACAUCGUGGAGGUUGUGGAGCUGACAAUGAUUCUGGUGAUGGCUCUGGUCUUAUGUCUUCCAUUCCUUGGGAUUUCUUUAACGUCUGGGCCAAGGAACAAGGUCUUUCUCCUUUUGAUAAGUUGCAUACUGGUGUUGGCAUGAUCUUUCUUCCACAAGAGGAUACCUUUAUGCAAGAAGCCAAACAAGUUAUUGAAAACAUAUUUGAGAAAGAAGGAUUACAAGUUCUUGGUUGGAGGGAAGUUCCUGUGAAUGUUCCUAUAGUUGGUAAAAAUGCUAGGGAAACAAUGCCUAACAUUCAACAAGUGUUUGUCAAAAUCGCAAAGGAAGAUAGUACGGAUGACAUUGAAAGGGAACUUUACAUAUGCCGUAAACUAAUCGAAAGGGCGGUGGCUACUGAGAGUUGGGGAACAGAGCUAUACUUCUGUUCACUGUCCAAUCAAACCAUAGUGUACAAGGGCAUGCUUCGGUCCGAGGCUCUUGGAUUGUUUUAUCUAGAUCUUCAGAAUGAGCUUUAUGAGUCUCCCUUUGCUAUUUAUCAUCGAAGGUACAGUACAAACACUAGUCCUAGGUGGCCUCUUGCUCAACCAAUGAGGUUUCUUGGACAUAACGGAGAGAUCAAUACCAUACAGGGGAACUUAAAUUGGAUGCAGUCUCGAGAAGCUUCUUUGAAGUCCUCUGUUUGGAAUGGCCGUGAAAAUGAAAUUCGUCCAUUUGGUAAUCCCAGAGGUUCAGACUCUGCUAAUCUUGAUAGUGCUGCAGAAAUCUUGAUUAGAAGUGGCCGAACUCCAGAGGAGGCUCUAAUGAUUCUUGUCCCUGAGGCAUACAAAAAUCAUCCAACCUUAUCUGUCAAAUAUCCUGAGGUAGUGUUGAUAUAUGCAACAUCUGUUGUGAUAUGUUCUUCAAGAAUCCAUUGCAAAAACUCACUAUUUUCUUUGCUUCUUUUUCAACUGCAGGUUAUAGAUUUCUAUGACUACUACAAAGGACAAAUGGAGGCUUGGGAUGGUCCUGCCUUACUUUUGUUCAGUGAUGGAAAAACAGUUGGGGCUUGUCUUGACCGUAAUGGCCUUCGUCCUGCUCGAUAUUGGCGGACUAGUGACAAUGUCGUCUAUGUAGCAUCUGAGGUCGGAGUUGUACCAGUUGAUGAGGCAAAAGUCACGAUGAAAGGCCGUCUAGGACCUGGAAUGAUGAUUGCUGUUGACCUAGUGAAUGGCCAGGUAUAUGAGAAUACAGAGGUCAAGAAGAGAAUAUCUUCAUUUAAUCCAUAUGGAAAAUGGAUUAAAGAAAACUCCCGGUUCUUGAAGCCUGUGAAUUUCAAAUCCUCAACUGUCAUGGAAAAUGAAGAAAUCUUAAGAAGCCAACAGGCAUUUGGUUAUUCAAGUGAGGAUGUGCAAAUGGUUAUUGAGUCUAUGGCUUCUCAAGGAAAGGAACCAACCUUCUGCAUGGGCGACGAUAUUCCGCUGGCAGGAUUGUCUCAAAGACCACAUAUGCUUUACGAUUAUUUCAAACAAAGAUUUGCGCAGGUUACAAACCCUGCCAUUGAUCCCCUUAGGGAAGGUUUGGUUAUGUCUCUUGAAGUAAAUAUUGGAAAACGUGGAAAUAUAUUGGAGCUUGGGCCUGAGAAUGCCUCACAGGUUAUUCUGUCUAACCCUGUGUUAAACGAAGGAACGUUGGAGGAGUUAAUGAAGGAUACAUACUUAAAACCUAAGGUUCUGUCCACAUAUUUCGAUAUACGAAAAGGCGUUGAAGGUUCCUUGCAAAAGGCUCUAUAUUCUCUUUGUGAAGCAGCUGAUGAUGCUGUCCGAAGUGGCUCUCAGCUUCUCGUUCUUUCAGACCGAUCCGAUAGCCUGGAACCAACCCGCCCUGCAAUUCCGAUAAUGUUAGCUGUUGGCGCUGUCCAUCAACAUCUUAUUCAGAACGGUUUGAGGAUGUCAGCUUCCAUUGUUGCUGAUACCGCCCAAUGCUUCAGCACACAUCAUUUUGCUUGUUUGGUUGGAUAUGGUGCAAGUGCUGUAUGCCCAUACUUGGCACUGGAGACAUGUAGGCAAUGGCGCUUAAGUAACAAAACUGUCGCAUUCAUGCGUAACGGGAAAAUUCCCACUGUAACCAUUGAGCAAGCUCAGAAAAACUACACCAAGGCGGUUAAUGCAGGGCUUCUUAAAAUUCUUUCUAAGAUGGGCAUCUCAUUGCUUUCAAGUUAUUGUGGUGCUCAGAUAUUUGAGAUCUAUGGUUUGGGGAAAGAGGUUGUUGAUCUUGCAUUCACUGGAAGUGUGUCAAAAAUCAGUGGACUCACCUUUGAUGAGUUGGCAAGAGAGACAUUGUCUUUUUGGGUGAAGGCCUUUUCUGAGGAUACAACUAAACGAUUAGAAAAUUUCGGGUUUAUUCAAUUUAGGCCUGGAGGUGAGUAUCAUUCAAACAACCCAGAGAUGUCAAAGUUGCUCCACAAGGCUGUCCGUGAAAAGAGUGAAACUGCAUAUGCAGUCUAUCAACAACAUCUCUCUAACAGACCUGUUAAUGUCCUCCGUGAUCUCCUUGAGUUCAAGAGUGACCGUGCACCGAUCCCAGUAGGGAAAGUUGAACCAGCCGUUUCCAUUGUCCAGAGAUUUUGUACUGGUGGAAUGUCACUUGGUGCUAUUUCAAGAGAGACUCAUGAAGCUAUUGCUAUUGCUAUGAAUAGGAUUGGUGGUAAAUCAAACUCUGGAGAAGGUGGAGAGGAUCCUAUCCGUUGGAAGCCACUUACAGAUGUGGUUGAUGGGUAUUCAUCAACAUUACCACAUCUCAAAGGUCUUCAAAACGGUGAUAUCGCAACAAGUGCUAUCAAGCAGGUUGCUUCAGGACGUUUUGGAGUCACACCAACAUUCUUGGUCAAUGCAGACCAAUUGGAAAUCAAAGUUGCACAAGGUGCCAAGCCUGGGGAAGGUGGUCAGCUUCCUGGAAAGAAAGUUAGUGCAUAUAUCGCAAGGCUAAGAAGCUCUAAACCUGGUGUUCCGCUUAUAUCCCCGCCUCCUCACCACGACAUUUACUCUAUUGAGGAUCUUGCUCAGUUGAUCUUUGAUCUACAUCAGAUUAAUCCUAACGCAAAAGUAUCAGUCAAGCUGGUCGCAGAAGCUGGAAUCGGAACAGUUGCUUCUGGAGUUGCAAAGGGUAACGCUGAUAUCAUUCAGAUAUCAGGGCAUGAUGGUGGAACUGGUGCUAGUCCAAUAAGCUCCAUAAAACAUGCUGGUGGACCAUGGGAACUUGGACUAACAGAAACUCACCAAACUCUUAUCGAAAAUGGACUCAGAGAAAGAGUCAUUUUAAGAGUCGAUGGAGGCUUAAAGAGUGGUGUUGAUGUUCUAAUGGCUGCAGCUAUGGGUGCUGAUGAAUACGGAUUUGGUUCCUUGGCAAUGAUUGCUACUGGUUGUGUUAUGGCUCGUAUUUGCCACACUAAUAACUGCCCAGUGGGUGUAGCAAGUCAGAGAGAAGAAUUACGUGCAAGAUUCCCCGGUGUGCCUGGUGAUCUUGUCAAUUACUUCUUAUACGUAGCAGAAGAGGUGAGAGGUAUCUUAGCACAGUUGGGAUACAGCAAGUUAGAUGACAUCAUUGGACGAACAGAGUUACUGAAACCACGAGACAUUUCGUUAGUGAAAACUCAGCAUCUCGAUCUGAGUUAUCUUCUUUCGUCUGUUGGAACACCUUCAUUGAGCAGUACUGAAAUCAGAAAGCAGGAAGUUCAUACAAAUGGACCUGUUCUCGACGACGAUAUUCUUGCAGAUCCAUUGGUGAUUGAUGCAAUAGAGAACGAAAAGGUGGUUGAUAAAACCGUCAAAAUAUGCAACGUAGACCGUGCCGUUUGUGGUCGCGUUGCUGGUGUUAUUGCAAAGAAGUAUGGAGACACUGGUUUUGCAGGACAAGUGAAUCUGACUUUCCUUGGGAGCGCGGGACAGUCCUUUGGGUGCUUUUUGAUUCCCGGUAUGAACAUCCGGCUAAUAGGAGAGUCAAAUGACUACGUUGGAAAGGGAAUGGCUGGUGGUGAAAUAGUAGUAACUCCUGUGGACACAAUCGGGUUUGUGCCCGAGGAAGCAACGAUAGUCGGGAACACUUGCUUGUAUGGUGCCACAGGCGGUCAGAUAUUUGCUAGAGGCAAAGCUGGAGAGAGAUUUGCAGUGAGAAACUCACUAGCUGAAGCAGUAGUUGAAGGCACCGGAGACCAUUGCUGUGAGUACAUGACUGGUGGCUGUGUCGUCGUGCUUGGAAAGGUGGGAAGAAACGUUGCUGCGGGUAUGACUGGAGGCUUAGCUUACCUUCUUGAUGAAGAUGACACUCUUCUCCCUAAGAUUAACCGAGAGAUAGUGAAGAUGCAAAGAGUAACUGCGCCUGCAGGGGAAUUGCAGCUGAAGAGCUUAAUUGAAGCACAUGUCGAAAAAACCGGAAGCAGCAAAGGCGCAACGAUUCUGAAUGAAUGGGACAAGUAUCUACCUCUCUUCUGGCAACUGGUUCCACCGAGUGAAGAAGACACUCCUGAAGCUUCUGCUGCAUAUGUAAGAACAGCCACCGGAGAAGUCACAUUUCAAUCGGCAUAAAGAUCAUUCAAGAGAAGGUUGUUGCAGUUGAAACACAAGGAUUGAUAUACAUACAUCAAUGGUGGACUAUGGAGGGCAAAUGGAAAAUCAUUAUCAUUUCAUAGAUCAAAUGUGUGGGACAAUAUUCUUAUUGUCUUGUGAUCUUUACAACAAUACCAUGGUUGCUAUAACUGUACAGUAAAUUCAGUAAAAUAACUGCUUUCAACUGUCAUAUAUAUAAUCAUCUCAUAAAAUUUGCAAAU